GCUCAAUCUGUAAAUGUGCGGCAGUGGCUGUUAAUCAGUUCUAGCAUGAGGUCUACUAAGUUAAUAUUAUUUCAUGUCGGACUGUUUGCUAUCUGCGCAACUACGGAGAUAAAUCCGGAUGGACUGCGUAUACUGGAGCAACAGAAUUGUGGCAUCGGCAAAAAUGUUCGCUUAAUAGGGAAUGCAACUGAAGUUAUUCCCGGAUCGAGACCCUGGAUGGCACUAAUUAAGAAUAACGAUACGAUCAGUCCAUAUUAUUGUAUUGGGACUCUUAUAACGGAUCAAUUCGUGUUAACUGUUGCGCAUUGUGCUUCGAAAGUUGAGUUAGAAUCUGUGACCUUGGGCAACAACAAUCUAUUAACUGAUGAGGAUUGUUUCAAAUCUAAGAACUCGAACGGAAACAAUUGCUUGCCGGCAGUUGAAAGAUUUGGUAUCGAAACGGUGAUUGUGCACGAACAUUUUACAUUUAAUGAAAAUUACGCAAAUGAUAUAGCUCUACUAAAGCUCUCCAAAAAGGUUAAAUUUCAAGAUCACAUCAGUCCCAUCUGCUUGCCAGUGAAUGCAACCCUGCAACAACAAGUGGAAACUCUGGCAACGCUGGGGCGCAGACGAGCACGACGAUACUAAAAAGACUAUUUUGCGGGAGACAGCAGUGGAUACUUCUAUCGAAGGUCGGAAAAAAUGUACAGAAAAUAUUGCUCAUUUCAGACCUGUUGUGAACGACGAUUUGUGUGUCCUUAAGAAACCCGUCCUCUGCAUCGGUAUAUCUGGCGCUCCAUUAAGUAGUUCGGUUGAAUAUCCCGGAACAGAACGUUUUGUGCAGUUUGGAAUUAUCAAUGUGGGCAUAAGAGACUGCGUUACAAUUGUUGGUGUAAAGGUUGCGAACUACAUGCCAUGGAUAACCAAUAAGCUGGCACAGCAAUAGCAACAUGGUAUAUCGAUAUUUCCCAAAUGAAAAUUACAUUAUUUUUCAUAGUAUGC